UUUACCGUCACUAGAGACGGAGGGGGGGAUAAAAGAGGAGGGGAGGAAGACAAAAAGAGCGCUACCUACUAAUCACAUGGGCAGAACAUUUAGUACCCUGGAUGUGAGAUGAGGAGGACGGGCUUCACCGGAGCACAGCGUUAACAGUCCACCCGGUUUUUUUUUUCUUUUUCACUCAUUUACACCGCAGAAAAAAAAGAGAGUUUGCAUAAAGGGAUCUCAAAGCAGUUGUGAGUGUGUGAUGCGCACAUGCAAAAAAUGACCACCGAUCAGGACUUGUCGCUGGAUGGCCAACCGGCCGCUGCUGUGCUUGCUGCAAAAGGCGUUGAUGUAACACCCAAUAAGGACCAAGGAGUUAUCAAGCAGGUUGUGAAGCGUGCGGGGAUAGAGGGAGAACGGCCGAUGAUUGGGGACAGAGUAAUGGUCCACUACACUGGGAAACUUGUCAACGGGAAGAAAUUCGACUGCAGCCGAGAUCGCAAAGAACCCUUUUGCUUCAAUGUGGGCAAAGGACAAGUUCUGAAGGCCUGGGACGUUGGUGUAAUGUCAAUGCAGCGGGGCGAGAUUUGCACGUUUCUGUGCAAACCAGAAUACGCAUAUGGCUCCGCCGGCAACCCUGACAAAAUUCCUCCCAGCUCAUUAGUAGUAUUUGAGAUGGAGCUGCUCAGCUUUGAAGGAGAGAUACUGACAGAAGACGGCGGCAUUGUGCGAAGAAUCAAGGUCAAGGGAGAAGGUUACACGAAUCCAAACGACGGAGCGAGUGUUGACGUGCACCUGGAGGGGAGCUGCGGCGGCCGACUGUUCGACUGCCGGGACGUCAGCUUUACUGUCGGCGAGGCCGAGGAUAAAGGCAUUCCUCUGGGAGUGGACCGAGCCAUGGACAAGAUGCAGAAAGGAGAAUGCUGCUUGCUUUACUUAAAACCAAAGUAUGGCUUUGGAAGCGAAGGUAAACCAGAGUACAAAAUUGGACCAGACAAAGAUAUUAUUUAUGAAGUCACUUUGAAAGAUUUCCGCAAGGCUAAAGAAACCUGGGAAAUGGACUUGAGUGAAAAGCUGGAUUUGGUUGAUGGAGUGAAGAAUAAAGGGAAUCAGUAUUUUAAGUCUGGGCGGUACCACCAGGCAGUCAUCCAGUACCAGCGCAUCAUUUCCUGGCUGGAGAUGGAGUGCGGCUCCGGCAUCGAGCAGCAGAAGAGGAUACAGGACUACGUUUUAACAGCUCACCUCAAUUUAGCACUGUGUUUUCUGCGGAUCAAAGAGUUCUCACAAGCUGUGGACAACUGCAAUAAGGUAAUUGAGCUGGAUGAGAGCAACGAGAAGGCUCUGUACCGCCGAGGAGAAGCGCGGCUGACCUGCAACGAGUUCAGCCUGGCCAUGGCGGACUUUCAACAAGUGCUGCAGGUCAACCCCUCGAACCGAGCAGCCCGCGCUCAGAUUUCCAUCUGCCAGAGCAAGAUUAAGGAACAUCAUGAGCAGGACAAAAAGAUCUACGCCAACAUGUUUCAGAAAUUUGCCGAGCGGGACGCCAAGACUGGGAAAACAAAGAGGAGGCGAAACGACUGCUUGAGGAGCAGCAUGAACGGUGAAGUGGGCUUAAAGCGCAGGAGGAGGAGUCAGGAAUGUCUGUCUUAACAGUGACAUCUGAAAAAAGAAAGACGGGAGAAAAAAAAAAAGCCUUUCUUUGCUUUUGGAGUCCCGGGAGACGAGGCAGCAACGGAGUUGUGAAUGAAAACCUCUGAUCCAAAACUUCUUGAUCCCAAAACGAAGCGCGACCAUUCCUGCAUAUCAGACUGAGAGAAGCAGGGAUGUCUGCUGCAAGACAAGCGGCAUUUCCCCGUCACACAUGGACUGUUGAACUGUCAGGAUGUGCAGUACCUCCCUCUGGAGUGACAAACAUACAUAUAUAUAUUUAUAUAUACAUAUAUGUAUGUAUGUAUGUAUGUAUGUAUGUUAAUAUACUGUGUAGAGUUGCGAUGUGCCUCUACAGCGGGUUUCUGACACCCAAACCUCAGUCGCUGGUUUUCAGACCUCUGAUUUGUAUUUGGUAUUAAGCCUGUUGGAGGCAGCUGUAUUCCUGCAUCACACCAAGUGUUUGGGAUUCAGACUUGAAACUUUUGAUCAUUUUUAAAUGUGCAAUAUGUACUUUGGAAAAAGGUGUAAGAAGUCCUGUCGGCUCAGUUUGUUGUACUUUAAACAAACUAAAAAAAAAAAAAAAGAAAAGAAAACAAUCAAUUCUUCAUGUGUCUUUAACCUGAAGUAGCAGUUUCAUGUGACUACUUUCAAAUAGAGUUCGACUAAAAUAGAAAUAGCUCCUAACGUGUCCGAAAUUACAGACAUUAGCUGCCAGAAAUCAGAAGGGAAGUGUAAAAAAAAAAAAAAAAGCACAAACUUCAGUUAUUGAACUGGACAAAACAUGAACCUGUUCUGAGACUGUAGCUCCUUUUAUAGCUUAUCUUAUUGUUGCCCGACUAAACUGAGAGGAGACGAAUCAUAUAAAUGUAGCUGCUUCCUUAAAAAUAAUCAGAACCUCAGACUGUGCUGCGGACAGGUUUUCUCCAGGAACACAGUUUAAACGCUUUGCCGUUCUUUUAGUCAAAGAACACCCAUUGUGUUAUGAGAGUGGUCACAUCAGGGUCAUGCACUAAAAUAAUUUAUUCCUGAAUACAUGCAUGCUGAAAUGUUUUUUUCUUUUUGCUUUUAAUCCAUCAGACAGAACGCAGUUUAUUUUACAAGAAGCCAGCCUGGUGUUGGAGUUGAUCAAGAAAAUGAUUGUUUAGACGCUGAGAGAUGAAUUCUGUGGACAGAUUACAGUUUAAACCCAGUGGCAGCUGCAAGAACUACAAUAAUACAACCUCAGCCUCCGUGGAAUCUCAUGCUCUGACGUGUGUUGUGCUCACUGUAUGUUGUUCCAUAGUAUACAGGUGCAUCUCAAAAAAAGAAAAGAAAAAGAAAAAGGAAGGUGCGUUUUCCCAUAAAUUAGUGUAAAACACAUGUAACCUUGUUUGUUCUAUUUAUUUUUUUUAUUGAUUGUAUUUAAGAAAGAUUAAUACAGUAUGUAAAAAUAUAACAUUUCAUAAGAUGAGAUGUUUUUGCAACAAUCAAAAUUCUCAAAACGUUGUCUGCGUAGGUGGCGACAGUAGAAAUAACGACGACAGUGAAGUUUUCAAUGAUGUGAGAGUUUUUGAGAUGCACCUGUAGCAGUGUCGGUCAGUGCAUGCAGCACAAAUCAAGACGUGAAGUAAUUUUGCUCCUCUUAUUUGUGUUUAAAUAACCUGAACGACAGUUUAUCCUUUCAGAUUUCACACAUCAUUCAGCUCUCUGGUAAUGUGAUCAGCCAGUUCUGUGCAGAUAUUUCCCCAGCUGGAGCAGGCAUCUCUGCAUUUCACACUCAGACUAUUUUCUAUAUAAAUGUGUGAAUGUUAUUGUAGUGAAAAAAAAUAUGAUGCACUUUGGUAACUGUCAAACCAACACUGUUUUCUUUUCAUAAAAAUGUCCGGAUGUGAUCUGGACAAUAAUGUUGAGAUGUUUUAUAAACAUUGGUUGGUUCUGAAUGAAAACCUUAGCUGUCUUAAAUAUUUUGUGUAAGAAAAAGCAAAAGCGAAAAAAAAAAAGACAAUGUGUGUUUGCGUGUGUAUGUCUCUACAGUAUAUAUUGUUGUAUGUUAGCAAGGUUUCUAAACAGCUUGUUGCUACAUGUUUCCAAGUACUGCUGGCUCGAAACAUUCAAACCUUUUGUACAGUGAAAAUGAGCAUGAAGUACUUUUCUUUAUUUCUUUUUUUUUUAAGACAUUAUAAAGUGUAUUUAAAAAAAAUAUCCAGACUAUUUUACCCCAGUGUCAAACACAACCGAGAGUAAGAGACUCACAGGCCUGUCGGCGCUGCCUUGAUUGUGUUGAUGACUUGAAAAACAAAGAGACAAGCGGCUGAUCUGCAGCAUGGCUGAUCAGAUCGGUUCAUUAGAUGAUGAAGUGAUAUAUCAUUAAACGUGUUUACGUGUAUUCAGAGGAACAUUACCCUGUCGAGAAAAAAAAAAAAGAUUGAUGUUUUAAACUGGCAUUUAUGCAAAAUAAGUAUUUUCAAACUGAAAAAGAUAAAACCCAAA